UUUAACAGGAUUUGUACUGCAGCUAAUGUAGGAUGUAUAUCUGUGAAUCUGUGAUAUAAGCAUGGCCUAAGCAUGAGUGGGUCAAGAGUCACUUGUAAUCUAUGUUUCUUCUUUGUAAAGACUAACAAAGACUUUUCAGAUGUUUAAGAAACAUAAUAGUCUGUGAAGAGGGACAAGAGCAGAGGAAGAGACAAAACUGGACAAGUCAAAAAAGGGUUGACAUAAUGCAGCAUAUGAUCGCUCCAGGUAUUACGCAGCACCAACUUUCAAUAUUCAUUCAUGCACAAAAACAGCUGCUUUUUUCAGUUUAUAUGAUUUGUUUAUUUUAGUGUCAGCCAUUAAUAAUUUUCUCCUUGCAUUAUUCUAAUGCUCACAUGGACAGAUUCCUUUAAGUUUUUUUUUUAUCAACGCUUUAGAUCUACCAUUAAAGAACAGAUCUCGGUUCAGUGACUUCUGCAAACCGUCUAGACCCAUGUGGGUUGUCCAAAGUCUAUCUAUACCUUGAGGCUAUUUGUUCAAUAUUCAACUUAUUUAUGUGGUUUUUCUAUAUCUGUGAACACAGAGAUCGCAAAUUCUUUUUUUUUCUUAAAUGGAAGGUUCCAUGAACAAGCGAGGAUACGAAUGCAGUCAAGAGGAUACAGACAAGUUGCCAGAAUCAAAGAGACAGAAAGUGCCUGCUUUGGCAAGUGUUAUUGUGGAAGCUGUCAAGGUAGAUAGUUUGCAGAGGCUUUGCUCGUCUUUAGAGCCAUUGUUUCGCAAAAUUGUUAGUGAAGAGGUGGAACGAGCCUUAUCAAGGUUGGGAAAUACAAAGUUAACAUCGAGGUCACCUGAACCAAAGAGGAUCCAAGACCGUGAUGGAAGAAACCUGCAACUUCACUUCAGGACACGAAUGCCUCCUCACUUAUUCACAGGUGGGAAAGUCGAGGGAGAGCGAGGCUCGGCAAUUCAUGUGGUUCUUAUAGAUGCAAACACAGGAAAUGUAGUCCAAACAGGAGAAGAGUCAGCUUCAAAGCUGAAUGUUGUAGUGUUAGAGGGAGACUUCAACGAUGAAGAUGAUGAAGACUGGACGAGAGAGCACUUUGAGAGCUUUGAAGUGAAAGAGCGAGAAGGGAAACGCCCAAUCUUAACCGGUGACACACAGGUGCUGCUUAAGGAAGGUGUGGGAAGUUUAGGGGAACUUACUUUUACCGACAACUCGAGUUGGAUAAGGAGUAGAAAGUUUAGGCUUGGUGUUAAGCCGGCCCCAGGGUAUGGUGAUAGCUAUCUCAUUCGUGAAGCCAAAACAGAACCAUUUGCUGUCAAAGAUCAUAGAGGAGAACUAUACAAGAAGCAUUAUCCACCGGCUGUACAUGAUGAAGUCUGGAGACUUGAUAGAAUCGCGAAAGAUGGAGUGUUACACAAGAAGCUAUUGAAAGCUAAUAUCGUGACAGUCGAAGACUUCCUUCGACUCCUUGUUAAGGAUCCACAAAAGCUGAGAAAUUUGCUUGGGAGUGGAAUGUCAAAUAGAAUGUGGGAGAAUACGGUUGAACACGCAAAGACAUGCGUGUUGGGUGGAAAGCUCUAUGUGUUUUACACAGACCAGACUCACGCUACAGGCGUUGUCUUCAAUCAUAUCUACGAAUUCCGAGGCCUUAUUGCAAAUGGACAGUUCCUGUCUCUGGAGUCUCUUAACCAUGACCAAAAGAUUUCAGCAGACAUUUUGGUGAAGAUGGCUUAUGAGAACUGGCAUAAAGCUAUUGAAUACGACGAGCUAUUGAAUUGCUUACCAGUCGCCGAGAAGGAACUAAAAAGCUUACCGGAACCAAAAAUGGUCUCAGCACAAACAGCUCCGAAUCAUCAACAGCUGCAUAACCAGAAUAAUAGGCAAACUGUGCAAUGUCAUCCGAAUGCUAUUACCUAUCCACUGGUCCCUCAACAAAUAGAUUAUCCUCAGUUUGUGCAGCAACAAUGCAGCCAAUUAUUACCCUCAUUCCCUUGCAACGUACAGGACUACAACAGGUCAGUGGAAAGUUCCAAUGAUUCAAGCUCAUACAACGGAGAAGAUUGGUGUCGACCAAGAGCUGCAGGACAAGGUCUUGAAGACAUUUUCAGCGAAGAAAUCAGACUAAGGAGCUCAGAGAUGCUUGAGACUGACGAUAUGCAGAGACUGUUGAAGACCUUUGGGAUCGGUGUGAACACUGUGGGAACACAUGGCGGGUUUGGUCAGACCGAUGAGUCUUGUUAUGGUGAUAGCAUCCCGUACCAAGCUCAGAUCGAUAACACGUACAGAAGAGAACGUAAUAGAGGCUCGGGGAAAGCUGUUGUGGGAUGGCUUAAGCUUAAAGCUGCUUUGAGAUGGGGUAUCUUCAUACGCAAGAAAGCUGCAGAGAGGAGGCCUCAGAUUGUGGAGAUCGACUGACAAAAUAAAAGAAGAAACAGAGCCUCUUGAGUUUUUUCUUUUUUUCUUUUCUUUUAGCUAAUUUUUCGUUAUCUAAGCUUCAAGACAGAUUCUAUGAACACAAAAGUUCAUCUUUUGGAUGAACAAUCUAAAGGGUAGAGAGAAAUGGACUUUGCUUUGUAUUACAUGUAAUGCUUUAUUGUGUUUUUUCA